AUGGCAGAAUUCGGCAUGGUGUCAAACUCUGCCAGUGCACUCACUUCUACUAUUGUUACAGCACUGCUUAGCUACCUACAAAGAAUGAAAAAGAGUGGUGCUAGUAGAAGGAUGUAUCCGUGUGUCUCGGAUGCGAAGAGUAAAACCCUUCGCAUCGAUGAAACACGACGACAAGUUCCACCUUGGUCGGAAGUUGUGGUUGGCCAAGGGCAGAGACAAUCUGCGUCAAUCUUGCAAGUGCCCCAGGGACAAUCUUGUCUGUCAAAGGGCAUAGCAGAGGUUGAUGAUGCUAAAGCAGCGACAACAACGAGGUCAAUUGUAGAGGAAAAACGCACUAGGACCCUAGAAGAGGGGGCUGGUAUAACGUUGUAA